GCGUCAACUGCGCUUCCAUGUGCAACUACAACAUACCUACAGUACGACGCGAUGGACAUUGGCAGCCAUUUGUUCGCGGGCCACAUGUAAUAUCUCCCAGAGGCCGGCACUCUGGGUUCCUUCAUUAUGGCUUACUGAUGGAACAAGAUAUCCGACGGCCCUGCACAUACAACCAAUCGCUCUUCAAACGUGCCCUACUAGUCAUUUACCAUGGCUACCUCCGUGAGUGCGACUACUAGCGGGGGUAUGCCGCGCAUACAAGAUGCGCUACGCACUCCAGAAGACCUGGAAAAGAUUACAGGACUGAAAGCAGAAAUCAGUCGUCGAAAAGGCGACGUGGACGCUCGACUGCGAGAAGGACUGCAAGAGCAUUUGGACAAUACACAAAAUGGCAUGUCGACGUUAUCAGAAGGGCAAAAGCUCGUGGGACAAAUUAAAGAGGAAAUGAAGAGCAUACACGACCUUUGCGAACAGGCGCAGGCCAUCCGGCGCAACUUUCCACAACUCGAUUAUCUCGCGCGGGUACAUCGCAAUUUCGAGGCCACCCGCGCCAUGCAGGCCGGACUUGACAGUUUCGAGAAGGAUUGCGCCUACGUACAGAGACUCCUGGAGGAAGACGAGAACGAUUUGGACGAACAGCGGAACCUGCUAGAGGCACACAUGCGGUUGACGCGACUGCGCGACUUCCGAGACGAAGCGCUGGAUCAGAUCCGAAAAGGCAAGGAUUCCAGUCUGGAGCAAACGCUACUAGACUGGUUUCAGCCGCUGGACAAUGUGGUCGAAAUGUUUGACGAGCACCUGGGCCAUAUUUGCCUUAAUCUCAUGGACCUGGUACAACAAGAUGACCGCGCGGGAAUCAUUGUCCGGCUUGCAAUUGUGAUAGCAUCAGAAGAGAAGAACGAUGCCAGAGUGCGCGCCAUCCAAGACGCCCAAAAGGACCAUCAAGAUCUCGUCAGCAAGUUUACAUCCUUUACAAUCGGCCCCAAGUCCAUCCGUGGCUAUAAAGAGAAAUUCCUUGAAGCGAUCAAGAAUGUUGCUGAGUCAAGAUUCGAGGUGACAAGGGAACAGUUCCAAGCAGAUCCAGAUCGACUGGAUAAACACACCAGGUGGUAUUUUAAUGAUCUCGUCGCCUGCAGAGAUGGCAUGCAGAAGCUGUUUCCGAAGAAAUGGAGGAUAUUCCAGACCUACGUCGACAUUUAUCACAAACAGAUGCACGACUUCCUCAUCUCAUUUGUUGAUGCCGAGGAUCUCCGACCGCCACAGAUGCUCGGCAUCGUCCAUUACGUCGAUCUGUAUUACACCAGAAUGAACAAGAUCGGAGUGCCGUCGGCUCAAUUGAAACCACAUGUCCUGGACUCGCGCGAAGCCGACCUCAUUCGCGAGUACAGAAACAUCAUUACCAAAGCGCUCACUUCAUGGAUGGACAGAAUGUAUGUUUCUGACCGGAAGAAUUUUUUGGCAAGAAGCCCCGAAGCCAUCGAGCAGGACCCGGACGGCCAUUUCCGAACGAAAACCCUAGGUGACAUGUGGCGCAUGUUGCACGAGCAAGCGCAGGCAGCUGGGGAUUCAGCACGCGAAGACGUUGUGGAAGGCGUUAUGAGCGCCAUGUUCACCGCCCUGAAAUCCAGACAACAGCAAUGGGAGAGAUUGAUUGAUGAAGAAGUCGAUCGGUACAAGACCAACCCGACACCCGAACUACUUGAAACGCUACAACCACUACAAGAUUGGCUGUUGGCCAUUGCCAACGACCAGAUCGCCUGCGUCGACGACGCUGCGGGCGAUAUCAUCGACGACCCGACUGCCCAAAAGGGUUAUCUGACGCGAUUCCGCGAAGAUUUCGCCAGAUUGCCCACACCGCCAUCAGCCAAGUUCAUGUCCACGAACGGAACUACCGAGUUAGACGCCCUUCGAGACGGAUAUGUGGAUCUAGCGACUCACUGUAUCAAUUGUUUCGUGCAGCUGAUUUUCCGAGUCGAUUUCCGCACCAUUUUGACAGAGUUGUUCGUCCCCGGUAAAUGGUACGAACAACAAGCCAUGCAGAGAAUCACCACCACGUUCGACGAUUACAUUGGAGACUACAGCUCGGUUCUGCAUCCGUCACUCCUGGACAUUCUGAUCGAAGAGCUCUCGGAUGCCCUGUUGGUGAAUUAUUUGACCGCCAUCAAGUCUAACCGAGGCGUCAAGUUUAGAAGAGGCGAACCCUUCCCUGCCAAAUUCAGGGAUGAUGUUCUUGCCGCGUUUGCUUUCUUUGAAAAAUACCCCGACUCCUUUAAUGAGACCAUCAAACCGAAAUGGAAGGCCGUGAAUUUUACCGUCCAGUUGCUCGAAGCAGAUAAAAUUGAGGUCGUUGCUGUUUACGAGCAGUUCAAGCGCGAAUUUUGGGAUCUUCAAUUGUCUUGGGUUGAGGGUGUGCUCAAGACAAGAGAUGAUUGGGAUCGUGCUAUGAUCACGGCUGUUAAACAGGCUGCCGCUACUACUUAUGCCGAGCGCGGUCUGGACACCGUCAUGAGCAGAGUCAAGUAGGUGGCGACAAACGACAAGAAGGAGUCCUCAAAACACAUAUGUUAGACGAUUAUGAAUGGUGAAAUCGACCCCGGUAGCGCAUAUGAUACCUUAUCCAACUCACCUACGUACUUACCUAUUCUCUAUGUACUACCUUAGAAAUUCUUAUGACUAUGCCAUGUCGUCUGAUUCUUCGGGCUAGAUGAAAGGCAAACAACCCCCCCAAACUUGAAUGUGCAAGAAAGGAUAGGGAAUGGAAUGGAAUGGAAGUGAAGCCGUUGAUUGAGCAAUGAACUGUAGCUGUCUCGCAGAGCCCUGAACAUCUCUGAGUCUCUCUCCUCCGUCGCUGGUAGCUGUGCACUAGAUACAAUAACAUCACAGUCAAAUAGAGUAGUCC